CUUAUAAUAAUAUAUAAAAAUAUAAUAAUAAUAAUAGUAUAUAAUAUAAUAAAAAAUAUAAUAAUUACUAAUGACUAUUAAAAUCAUUUCAAAUCAUUGAAAAUAACUUCAAUGGACAUCAAGGACAGUAGCGAAGAGGAGGACGAAGAAACUCAAGACAUUUCGCCGUUCAGUAAAUUCGACGAAAGUAUCGAAGUUCGUAAUGCAGAAGAAAUUAAAAGCCCUAUUAAUCAUCCAAGACCACCAAGUUCAAGAAGAGGUCGAAGAAAUUUUACGAACGACGGACCUGACAUUUUGGAGGUUACCUCACCGCGCGAAAGGCGCGAAUUUCGAAGGUAUCCUGAUCAAGAAAGAUUUGGUAAAUCAUUAAUGAUCGGUAGCGAUCCAUCAGAUAGCGAAGAAACAGACGACGAUGAUAUCCAAGGAUCAAGUAUAUCCAAACAAAUGGAAAUAUACGAUCCAAAAGAAUUCGAAGAUCUCAAUGUAUCAACCGAAUUAAAGGAACUCUUUCAGAAUAUUUCCAGGUAUACACCACAAAAGAUAGAAUUAAAUUACAAGUUGGUGCCAUUUAUUCCUGACUAUAUACCAGCAGUCGGUGAUAUAGAUGCCUUCAUAAAAAUACCUAGACCAGACGGAGUGGAGGAUAAAAUAGGUCUUGCUGUAUUGGACGAACCUUGUACAGAACAAUCCGACCCAGCUGUAUUACAUUUACAAUUAAGAACUCAUUGUAGAAGUGCUGGUGCACCUAGACAAGCAGUAAUAAAAAGAGUCGAGGAUGCAGAAAAAAAUGUUAAGGCUAUAGAGAAAUGGAUCGAAGAUAUGAAUCAACUUCACAGAAGUAAACAUCCGCCUGCUGUGCAGUUAACUAAAGCAAUGCCUGAUAUCGACACAUUGAUGCAACAAUGGCCGCCGGAUGUUGAGGAUCAACUGAACGAGGCCCCACUUGAUUUCACCAUGCUCGAUUGCGAAUUAUCACGUCUCGUUGACGUUGUCUGCCAUCUACUCGAUAUUCCUUCACAUGAUGGUUACAGACUUGAAAGUCUGCAUACUCUUUUUACACUUUAUUGCGAAAUACGAAACGCAACAUCACAAAAAAUUUAAAACUUUCAAAAGAAAGUUUCAAGCUCAAUCAGAUUCUUCUUUUCUUUAUCUCUUUGUUAAAACAUAUAACUUUGAAGUUACACACAUAUGUAACUCUAUAUUUAAAAUUUUGUUUUAUUUCAUUUUACAUCAUAAAAUACUUUGUUGUAUAUAGUGCAUACAUCAUUUAUUACCUGCUAUAUAACUGUAAAGUUACAACAUAUAUAUCAGUACCUUUGAAAUCUUAUUUCAUUUUUUUUUUAUACAAAAUUAAUUAUUAUUUCAUAUUUAAAGAGAUUAUUAUUUGAUAAAUAUAAAUUAUACUUAAUAUUAUUUAUACUAUAAUAUAUAGCAUAGUGUAUACUAGUAUAAAUUAUAAUAUAACUUUCAUGUUACAUAAGUUCUACUUUAAACGCAAACAUAACUGAAGUUAUUAAGAAUUAUGAUAACUCUAAGAAAAAAAUUAAAUUAAUCGUAUCUACACUCUCUUCGCUCUACAAACAUACAUAUAUAAUUUAUAAUCACAUAUAUUAUAUAACAUAAUAUAGGAAAAGUCUUUGUAAUCACUCUUUUUUAUAAUUCAUUUCAAAACUCAAGUACAUUGGAAGUUAACAUUUUUUUUAUGAUGAUAUUAAAAUAUUGAUUACAGCCAACUCACAGAUAUAUAUACACAUACAUAUGCAUAUAUAUAUGUGUGUAUAGUUAAGUAAUAACGAUAAGUGAUAAUUACAAACAAGAAAAACAUGUGCAAAAAAGAUGAGACAUUCUUAUCAAUUCUCAUUGAAAUAUUCCAUCAAUUUAUCAUUAAACAUUAUUUAACCUAAAUAAACCAUCAAAAGAUAGACAAAUAAAUUAUACUUAUUAGGUGAAAUUAUAUAAGAAUUAUAUAUUAUAUAAAUUAUAUUACACAAAUUAAACGUACGUAUUAUAAUAUUAUAUGUAUAAUAGAAUAUAAAUGUUACGUAUAUUAAAUAAAUAUAAAUUAUACCUGAAAUU